UGUCUGUUUAACUAACAUUUUAUAUUGUACUGUAAAAGUUUUAUAGAAAUGUAUACACAAAUCCAGCAAAAACCGGAAGUCGAGCGGCCGCUAUUACUGCGGUGGCGGCUCCCUGCUAGGCUCUAUUUGUAAUUCAGCGCUUUUGAAUAAAACGGUCCCCAAAAGUGUGGUGCUCGAAGUGUCCUGAUAAGGUGGUGGUAUGCACAGACUCAAUAGCGGUAUUAGAAAGUAUAAAAUCAACAACAACGUGCAGAGAAGACUUACUCAUCGAUAUUUCUCACAGUUUAUUAAGAUUACACAGAUGUGGCAUAGAUGUUCUGUUGGGUACCAGCACAUGAGGGAGUAACAGGGAACGAGGGUGCUGAUAAACUAGCAAAAAUGGCUCUACAUAAGGAAAUAACAUUACCAGUUCCACUAGGAAAAGGAGAAGGUAAAGCAAUAAUUAAAAAGAAAGGAAUGGAAAUAUGGCAGAAAAGGUGGGAGGAAGAUCAGAAAGGACAGGGAUAUCGCAAAAUACAAAAGACUAUAAUAACAAAAUUAUACUGAAAGGAACAGAAGGGAGGAAACAGUUAUAACAAGACUCAGACUGGACCACACAGGACUAAAUGGCACCUUGCAUGUAAUGGGAAAAAGGGAUAGUGAUAAAUGUGAGAACUGUGGAAUAAAAGAAAACGGUGAACAUAUCCUAAUGCACUGUAACAGGUAUAAAAUAGAAAGAGAAAGGCUACAGGAAAAAGUGAGAGAGGCAGGACGUGAGUGGAAUUUGAAGGGGAUACUGGGAACAGAGGGAGAGGGGGUUGAAAUCACCAGAAAGGCACUAAUUCAUUUCCUAAAAAACACUAGGCUGAUAAACAGAAUUUAAACCGGACUAAAUGAAAUAAUUUCACACACUCUUGUACAGUAGGUGGCGGUAUGCACCUGAAAGUUGCUUGCGAUCCGCCAAUAAACUGAGAGAAGAAGAAGAAGAAGAAGAGUGCUCGAAGUUCAAAAUGUCUCGGAAUUCGGGGAGGACUUGUGCCGUUCUUGGCUGUUCAAACAGUAGUGGUAAACUACAAAUUUGGAAAAAGAAUUUAUGCAAAACACACAGUCCGUUACUGAACGAAGACUGUGCUUGUGCCAGACCAUACGGAUUGCACAGAUUUCCUGGUCGUGCCGAGGACCAAGGUGUUCGCCAGAGGUGGAUAAAAAACAUCCACAGAAAGGACUUUGUCCCCAAUAAAAACAGUACGGUGUGUGGAAUACACUUCCCUGAUGGCAGACCAACGAAGGAACACCCAUACCCUUCAUUGCAUAUGGGAUAUUGUAAAGCAGCGCUGUCAUCUGGAAGACCACCCCCAAAGAGAAGACGUCAUGAGCCCGUAACAGACAACACAUCACAUGACGAACAUGAAGGAAUGGAUUCUGGAGCUGAAAUUAAUGUCACCAAUUUGGUAAACCCUCAACCUCUGCAGAAAUGUGAUGUUGGCAUUCAGUGUCCAGAUACUACAGAUCAUAACUAUUGUUCCUUCAAGACAACAAAAGACAGUGCUACACAAACUGAUCCUGCACCUUCAGUGUCAGCUUAUGAUCUGGAUGACAGAGGCUCAAAGUUUUUCACUGGCCUAGGUAUUGACAGUUUUUGGCAACUUUUGUACACCAUCAUUGCUUUUCUCCCACAGCCAAAAAUUAUGAAGUUGCCAGUCCAUGAACAACUAUUAUUAGUUUUAAUGAGGCUUCGUCUUGGUUUGAUGUUUACAGACUUGGGUAAACGGUUUGGGAUAAGCAGGAGCACAGCCUGUGAGAUCUUCACAAUGUGGAGACCAGUACUUGCAAAGUUCAUGAGAGAAAAAGUUAUUGCUUGGCUGCCUAGAGAUACUCUGAAAAGAAUAAGACCUCAGUGUUUUAGUGAAAACUAUCCAAAAGCGACAUGCAUCAUAGACUGCACAGAAAUAUUUGUACAAAGGCCGAAGAACCUCAGGAAACGAUCACAAACCUACAGGAACUACAAACAUCAUAACACCUACAAAAUUCUAUAUUGCAUAGCCCCCAAUGGUUAUGUGAUGUUUGUGUCAAAACUGUUCGGUGGUAGAGCCAGUGAUACUUUUAUCACAAAGAACUGUGGUUUUGUUGACCAUUUGAUUCCCGGUGAUCAGAUUUUGGCAGAUCAUGGAUUUACAAUCACGGAUGAACUGCCUCCAGGAGUAACUUUGGCUCUUCCAGCAUUUACACGUGGCUGUAAAGAACUCCCAGAGCAUCAAGUUACAGAAACGCGCCGCCUGGCCAAUGUCAGAAUCCAUGUUGAACGUGCAAUUAGAAGGUUAAAAUGUUUCAAAAUUUUGAGUAAUGUAAUCCCUGGUAGGGUAAAACAUGUUGAUGAUAUUGUUAGUAUUUGUGCAGGCCUGUGUAACCUGCAACCUGAGUUGAUUCGGGGGGGAAACUCAGGAAGACAAGGACUUGGAAAUAGAUGAAGGUAAAGAUAUUGAUGAGCAAGAGGGAGACGGAUAUUUGUGGGACAUUGCAGAGGAUAUUGAGGAAAACUAAGACUGAUGUACAGUAUUCUCCACAGGUCAUUGGGAGAAAAGAUGAGCACACUACAUGUAAUGUAUGUAAUGUUUAAUAUCAGCUGUAUUUUGUAAAAAGUUAAAUGAACAUGUAACAUUUCUGAACACCUUUGUCAACGUUUUCCAAUAAAACCAUAAAAAAUGUAGGAAUAAGUGAACUAAGAUUGAACCAACAACUGUGUUCCAUAGAUACGUUAAGUGACAGUUGUCAUACUUCAUUUGUUCUUGUUUCAAAAGUAAUAUUUGUCAUUUUGCUUACAAUCAUUUUGUCCUUGUUCUCACAGUAUAUUUUUCUUAGUUCAUUUUCUUACAGAUUGUUUUCCUUUUUUCCUCCAAUUCAAUUAACAUUGUAAUUACAGCUCUGUAUUCACUGUUGUCCUCUAUAAAGUCAGAAUAAAACUACUUG